AUGUACACAUGUUCUACGUGCCUCACCUUAACCUGCACCAAAUGCGGAGCUCUCAACCAUGAAAGCCUUGAUCCAACCAAUGCAAAAGUGCUAUACUUGGCGACAUCGAAGGAGAAAUUUGAUGCGAUGGAGUGCGCGCAGUGUGGGUCAACAACUCAGAGGUCGGAAGACUGCAACCACAUGGAGUGCAAAGCGAGUGGAGAACAAAUCUGCUAUAUGGACUCGGAGGUAUCUGUUUAUUUGACGGAAGAGUCUGAUAGCUUCUAUGAUACUGGAUAUGGUGAUCAUUGA